AUGCUUCUUAUCAUUAUAUUUCAUGCUUAUUACUUGAAUUGUAAAUAUUAAUUCUUAUAUAGUAAAAACUCUUACAAAUUAAGUUUGCCCAUCCGAUAUUUGUAUUUGUCAUGGUUCUUCACACUAGUGUCGUUGUUAUUUUAAUCAAGCUCCUUAUUGUGAUGGGUACUAGCCUAAUUAAACUUGUCUUAUCAAUCCGGGAUGUAUUGGAUGUGAUGAUAAUUCAUCAUGCUUAGGAUGCAUUUCAUAGAAAUAAUUUGUUGAUUUAUCUGAAAAUUGUGUCGAUUGUCCAGAACACUGUUAAACUUGUACAUCAGGAUCAAAUUGUUAAAGCUGUGUUACUAAUUAUUAUUAUUUAGAUCAAGGAGAUUGUAUUUAGUGUGAAUUUCCUUGUUUAUUAUGCAAUUCAUAAUAAAAUUGCGUAACAUGUAUUUCUGAAUAAUUUUAUCUUAUAUCUGGUAUUUGUAAAAAAUGUGAUCCUCCAUGUUUCACAUGUUUGAAUUAAUCUUAGUGUCUAACUUGUGAAGAUAAUUCAUUUUAUAUUGAAUAAUUUCAGUGUAUACAAUGUCAAAUCCCAUGUUCAACAUGUUAAAAUUAAGAAUUUUGUUUGAGUUGUAUAUCAGAAGACUAUUAACUUAUUAAUGGAUAAUGUAUAAAGUAAUGUUCUUUAAAUUGUCUAUCUUGUAAGAAUGCUUUAUAUUGCAUAAUAUGUGAAGAUGGUUACUAUUUAAAUGAAACUUACAGUUGUGUUAAAUGUUAAGAUUCUUGUGAAAAUUGUCUGAGUCAAGACAAAUGUACUUCCUGUUAAAUACAAUACUAUAUUAAAGAUUAUGAUUGUCUUUAAUGUUAAUUACCUUGUCUUACUUGCUUAGACGAAUAAAAAUGUACUAGUUGUGUAGAUGGAUAUUAUUUAUUUAAUGAGACUUGCAAUAAAUGUCCAUUAAAUUGUUUAAAAUGUGAUUAAUUUAGAUGUUACUAAUGCGAAUAAUAAAUAUAAUUAUUUAAUGAAGGAUGUAUAGAUUGUAAGAAUCCUAUGAAUAAAUAUAUUAAUAUUUGCAAUUACUAAGAUUGUCAAGAUAGAAUAUGGACAUAUGGAGAAAUAUGUGAUAAUGGUAAUACCUAUGGCUGUUUUAAUUGCACUAUAUAAAAGGGUUAUUAUUGCAUUAAUAUAUUUGGAUAGCCAUCUUAAUGUUUAAGAUGUAGUGGUAAUUGUAUUGAAUGUUUUACUGAUAAAAUUUGUAGGACUUGUAGAGAUGGAUAUUUUUUAAACUUGAAUAAUUAAUGUUAAUAAUGCAAUCUUGAAUGCCAAACUUGUAUUUAUCAUCCUAAUAACUGUUUGUCUUGUAAAAUCAAUAACUUAAAUUAUUAAUAAUGUGAUUUAUGUGAAAAUAAUCUUGGAUAUUAUACAGAUUUUUAAAAUAAUUUAUGCUUUUCAAAAUGUGGAGACUCAAUCAUUACAGCAGUUGAAUAAUGUGAUGAUGGAAAUGAAAUUAAUGGAGAUGGAUGCUCUUCUAUAUGUUAAAUUGAAGAUGGUUAUUAUUGUACAAAUGGUCAUUGUGAUACUCUUAUUUAAGGGGAUAUUUAGGCAUCUUAUUAAGAGGACAAUCAUUAAUCACCUUCUAAACAAUUUAUUAUUUAGUUUAAAAACCAUAUUUUAAAUUCAGAUUCAGAAAUAGUACCUAUCAUUAAAUUGUAAAAUUGCUAAAUUAAUUAAUCUCUCAUAAUAGUCAAAUAGAAUAUAACUUAAAUUGACAAUUUGCAGCAUAGAAUUAUGGAAAUUAAUAUUCAGUUCUUAAAUAGUUGUAAAAAAGAUAAAAUGGAAGUUACUAUAGUUUAGAAAUCUAAAAACAAAAGCAAAAAAAAUAUUAUUUUAUCUUUUAUCACAUUUUAAAUAUUUGAUGUAUUAUUAAUUGAUGAAUGGAAAGAAGUUUUUAAUGAAAUAUUGAUUUCUUUUAAUUAAACCUUAUUUUAUAUUUUUGGAUUUAUUUGUUUAGUAACGUUUUUAACUGGAACUAUUGAAGUUGUUUAUAAUGCAGUUGAUCUAAUUCAAAUGUUUUCAUUCUUAAAAUAUAUUAAUGUAAAUUUACCUUAUAAUUUAUAACAAUAUUUUAACUUAUUUAAAUUUGCAUAAUUGCAGUAUUUUUAAAAUUUUACUUAAUAAAUAGCCCUUUAAUUUUUAUCACCAAAAGAAUUAGAACAAUAUAAUUUUCUACCUGUAAAAAUUAAAAAGGAUGGUUACUACUCUUAUUGCUUAUUAAAUUAUCCUUUCUUAAUUAUAUUAAUUGUUUUUGCAAUUUUUUUGUAUCCAUUCGCUAAAUUGUGUUUAGCAUUUGUGUAAAAAUUAUAUAUAGGAAUUAAGGAAGAUGAUGAUGAUCCGAUCCUAUUAAAAAUAAAAUUAAUUUUAUUGCAUAUGAAAUUAUACAUUUAAUCAUCAUGUCAUUAUGUAUUGAACAAAUUAUACUUUUCAGGAUUUAUCUCAGCUCAUAUGAUUUUAACUUAUGACAUUCUUUUUUUUUCAUUUUUAAAUCUAUUUGACAUAAAAUUGCUUUUUACUACAAAGAAUAACUUUUUUAUUGCAAUUAACUUAUAUUUAGCCAUUUUUCUAAAUAUUCUUCACUUUUCACUAUUAUUUGUAUACUAUUCUAUGUUAGCUAAACAUACAAAUUUAUUAAAAUAAAAAAGUUAUAUUAGAAAAUGCGGAUCUUUAUUUGAUGGUUUAAAAAUAGGUACAACUUCUUGUACACACUUUUAUAAACUAUUUACAACGAUAAAAAGGACAAUUUUUAUGCUUUUGGUAACUUUUUGCUCAUCUUUCCCUUAUUGCUAAAGUUUAUCAAUAUCCUUUUUAAGCUUCAUUUAAGUCAUUUAUUUAUUUAAUUAUAAACCAAUCAUUUCAACAGUAGAAUAUAGAAAAUAAUUAAUAAGUGAAUGUUGUGUAUUACUAUUAUCACUAUUUAUAACUUUGAUUAUACUUAUGCAUGAUACUCAUCAAGAUAUGUUAUUUUAUGAAGAUAUUUUAGGAUGGUGUUCUAUAAUACUUAUGUCAUUAUUAUUACUCUAUUAAAUAAUUUUGGAUAUCAAAUAACAAUUCAUACUUUGUCAAAAAAAGUUCAUCUUAUUUCAAAAGAUUAUAUAAGCACUGUAAACAAAAUUAUCAAAAGCUAUUGAAAACUUUGGUUCGAAUCAAUGUCAUGUUCAAUCAAAUGUAGUUUUAUUUUAUUGA